UCCGAAAUGUGGCAGUGGGAGGAGCAGGCCCAACAUCAGGGGGACGACAGGUCUCGCUACGGCCAUAAAGGCAGGAACAACAACAACAACAACAACAACAACAACAACAACCCCCAGGACAAAGCGCAGUCCCUGCGGGACGCCGGGACCCCGGCCGUGUGCGACAACACGCGAUCCUGCAGAUGUCAUCAGCUCGGCCCCGCCGCCCCGCGUCAGACGCUCCCCGGCUACGACUACAACCGGCCUCUCUUACCCAGAAGCCCGGGGUCCGCGGAGGCCUCCUCGGGUCCGCCCGAAUACAACGGACCUCCUCGGUCCCGUCAGACUACGAACCCGGGCCUGCCCCGGGUCUCGGCGGCGGGGGGGAGGCCGCACGGAGGACGGCACGGCGGCUUGCCGGGAGUGAAGCCGCCCACCGCGGAUGAGGCGAGCGCGAGGAGCGCGAGGCCCGCCCAAGACUCUUCCAUCCGGAUUAUCUCAGUGUGAGGACGAACGAACAUCGGUCAAGAACUUGUUUCCGGGCCAGAACGUGUCGGUCCGCACCGCGAGGACUACGGGGAGAAAUAACUGAGCGUCGCUGAUCUCGUCGUCCUGAUGGAAUCUGCAGUUGUGCUCAGUGUGGAGGCUCUAGAGCAGAGGCGGCCGACACGGGGCCCGCGGCCACCUGGUCGACCCGCGGGGACCACUGAGUCGCCCGCAAGGCGCGUUCUAAAAAUAGAACAAGUCGACAUUGAGCGACAAAACAACAACAACAACAAAAAAACGGCCAGCGUUUCUGAGAUUGGAGUGAGACAAGGAGGAAAGGUGAUGUUGUGAUCUUGGCAAUUAAACAUCUUUGAUGUGA